CACGCGACACGAGUGAAGAUAAGCUGUAGGCUGUAGGAAGCUAGCUAAUCUACCUACUACUAAAAUAGACUAGGUACCUAGUGUACGACAUAAUAAUAUAACCGACCGACAGUUGUCUUAUAUUGACGAUAAUACACAACACAGACCAAGGCUAAGUAGUUGACUUGCUGUAGUUUUGGUCUUUUGUUACAACUUAUUGGUUAUUGAUCUGUGUGAUGAUUGAUUGAGGAUUCGUUUUUGGGAUCCGUUCCUUUCUAAUUAGUGCAGUUUAUCUAUUUUGUCUAUUUUAAUACCAAUUUCGUGGGUAUAACCUUUAACCGUAAUAACCUUUCUAACUUUUACGAUUGUGUAGGUGAAGGAAGGUUAGAUUCAAUCGUAUAUCUACAAGAUCCUAGUAGGUAUUGAAAUACGACACAAAAUGGAUAAUCGGCGUAAAUUUAACAAAAGUGAUGAUUCGUCGGAUGUUCCCAUGUAUUCAAGGUUAUUUAUCGUAACCGAAAAACAAACAACAGAACAACAAUUUAUUGACGCAUUCAAGAAAUUUGGUCAAAUAGAAGAUGUUCAUAUUCCUCGUGAUCACAAUUCAGGAGAAAGAAAAGGUUUUGUGUACAUUAAGUUUUCCAAAGCAUCUGAAGCCGCAGCUGCCCUUGAAGAAAUGAAUUUCCAGACAAUACCAAACACUAACCGACCACUAAAAGUAAUGGUUGCUGCCAACCGUUCUGAUAUCCAAACUGCAAAUGAUGAUGAUGAGAAAUUUAAAAGAAUUUUUAUAACAGUACCAAAAAUGAUGGCUGAAAGUAAGAUAAAAGAAGAUUUUUCUAAAUUUGGUAAUGUUCAAUCUGUUCUCAUACAAAAAGAUAGAGAUACUGGGAUGCCACGUGGCUUUGCGUAUGUGAAGUUCAAUUCAUUCUUAGAAGCUGCUCAAGCUGUUGAGGGAUGUGAUACAAGUUACAGAGCUAUUUUUGCUUUACCCAAAGUCCAUAAACGUAAUAGAUAUGAAAGUUCAUUUGAGUCUAACAUGAGCACAUUAGCGAAUACUUCUGCAAAUUUUCAUUCAUCUCUUGUAUCUGCCAUUACAGCCCAUCCUGAAGGUUAUACUCGUAUUAAUUUCAUGUGUCCACCCUACCUCACUCAUUACAAUGUUGAAAGUCUAUUUGAUAUAGUCCCAGGCAUGAUUGACUGCAAGUACUUUGUUGAUUACAUGCGUGAUUGUGGGAAAGGUACAGUUACAUACUCAAACCCUAUGUCCGCAGCUCAUGCAGUUCAGAAAUUGAAUCGAUUUGAAUAUCCACCUGGUGUCAAAAUAUUUGUGCGACGAGACAAUUCCCAAUUUGAGGCACAUGAACAAAGUUUUAAGAAUAUACCUAAUGUUGUAAAAGACUUGAAGCAGGCAAUCUCUUCCAAUGCUAAUUCAUCUGCCCCUGAUUUAGCCCAGCUCGCUGAAGCUAUUGCAGAGGCUUCUAAAUUGAUAAAAAUGGCUACUAGUGGUACUCCUGAAAUGGAUAUUCCUGAUAGUAAUGAUUUGAGUUACUGCAGUGUUAAACUCCCUCCCCAAAAACCAUUGGCCGAUAUUGAUAGUCCCCUUGCAAAAAGAUGUUUCUUGGUUUGCAAACCUCAACCACCUCCAAUGACCGUUCUGCGUGACAUUUUCUGCAGAUUUGGUGACUUGAUCAAUGUUUAUACCCUGCCUAACAAAACUGUGGGUUAUGCUCGUUAUGCAUCAGCAGAGGCAGCUGAUGAGGCUAUAAAGACUUUGCACGGGGCUGAAAUCUGUGGCAUUCGAAUGAAAGUUUUAGAGGCAGAUGAUGAGGCUCCUCCGAAGAGAAGCCGAUAUAAUUAAGAAAAGACAGACAUAAUUCAACACUUUACCUUAAGAACAUCAGACAUAAGUAGACUGAAUUUAUAACGGAAAGACAGACACAGCCCAACAUAUUCCCUUAACAAUAUUAGACAGAGUAGAUAACAUUUAUAAAGGUUAAAUGGUAGAUACAGUAAUUUCUAGAACAAAAAUCAGAUCUAACUACAGACCACAGUAUAAAGCAUAAGGACUAGAUGACAGUUAUUCCCCAGAAUAGAAGUCCCAAGUCAAGACAUAACUAAAUGUCAAGAUGUAAAGUUGAAUACUGGUUGAUCAUUAGAACGAGAAACCUAUGGACAGACGGCGACAAUGACAGACUGGAUGUUCUUUUUGGACCUACUUAACCUAUGGACAGACAAAACUUGACACUUUCAAAAGGACCCUACAGACUAAAGUGUAUCCCGAAAGCUGAGUUGAAGGAUACCACAAGACUUACAACUGCAAAAUGUCCCUACAAUCAAAAAGGACCGGACAACUACAAACUUCUUACCAGGACACAGCUUUCUGGACAAGUACCUACAGACAACAUAUUAUGUAUUCUCCCAAGACAAUUAUGUACCAUAUAACAAUAAACUUCUUUCUUAAUUUAA